ACGCGAUUUAGAACGAGUUAUUAACUGCUAAGCCACGCCCAUUUUGUUAUCUUGAUUCACUGCACGGUUUUUCCACACGGACACUUUUACGGAUGCACCAGUCGGAAGUGCGUUCACAGCACAGGAGAGUCUGCGAUUUGGAACUGGAAAUAAAAAUCAUUCGCAGAGAUCUGUAGUUAAUCUCCACCGUGGCGUAAGCCAGCAUGGCCUCUGCCCCAGCACAGCAGCCCACACUCACUGUAGAGCAAGCCAGAGUUGUUCUGAGUGAGGUGAUCCAGGCCUUUUCUGUGCCUGAGAAUGCAGCCCGCAUGGAGGAAGCCAGAGAGAGCGCCUGCAAUGACAUGGGCAAGAUGCUGCAACUCGUGCUGCCUGUGGCCACCCAAAUCCAGCAGGAGGUCAUUAAAGCAUAUGGCUUUAAUAAUGAAGGAGAGGGUGUACUCAAAUUCGCUCGGCUAGUGAAGAUGUAUGAAACUCAGGACCCAGAGAUCGCAGCUAUGUCAGUAAAACUCAAGAGCAUUUUACUGCCUCCUCUCUCUACUCCUCCCAUCGGCAGUGGAAUUCCAACAUCAUAGACACGGCACAAACUCUCAGUCAGACUUAAAGGGAUAGUUUAGCCAAAAAUAAAAAUUCUGUCAUCAUUUGCUCACCCUCGUGUUGUUUUAAACCUGAGGUAUUCAGUUAACGGUAUCCACUGACUUUCAUAGUAGGAAAUAAAUACUAUGGAAGUUGAUGAUGGAUACUGUCAACUGUGUGCUUACUAUCAUUUAUUAAAAUAGUUUCUUUUGUGUUUAACAGAAGAAAGAAACUCAUACAGGUUUAAAACAACAUUUUUGGGUCAAGUAUCUCUUUAAACUGAGGAGGAUGUGUUUCAAUUUAAAAACACCAGUAGUUAUGUGCUACAUUCCCAUUUGCUUUCAACAAAAUGAAUAGGAUUUAAACAAAUCUGUAUUUUCUUCAUCAUAUUUAUUCAUUUUCUUAUCUUCUGUUUUUCCAGUGUUGAAUGUGCUUAUAUUUAUCAAAUGUGACACUAAUGUGUGAUUUCCAUUUGGAGGUCUUGCUUGUUUUAAAGUUGUUGUUUUUUUAAUGUGGCAUGGUUCCUAUGCGCUGAGCAAAACUGACAAUUCAAAGUCAAAUAUUCAGUGUUUGUCCAAUAAAAUAUUUUUUUUUUUACUGAAAGUAGAGAUUUGCUUUUCAUUAUGAAACAACCACACUUUUGUUAAUACAAGUACUGAAUAAUAA